AUGACGACCACGGGCGUUCGCCUCCUGCUGUUGGCAGUCCUGGCGACUACCGUUGCCGCCGCAGAUGAUGCCGAAUUCGCCUUCAAUCUCCUCACAGACGUUGCACCAAUCCUUGCGCUUUUUGGAGACGCCUUUGCAAAACAGUUCAUGAGCGAGAGCCUGACAUGGGUUGAUCACCUCAUCUUUGCGAUGGUGCCCUUGGGCAUCAUUACCGCCAUUACGGCCGCCAUUCGGGUCCAGGGCAUGCAGGUUGCCAAGGCCUUUGUUGGGCGUGCGAGAGAGAAUCGAGCUCUUGCGGAAAUCGAGCUGAUGUCCUCUACAUCCGGCGAGGUCUGCGAGCUGUUCAACGGCAAUUCAAUCGUCCGGGCCAUGGGUAAGCCCAAAAUUGAGCAAUUUCUCAUUUUCCCGAAUGAAUAUGACGCGCUCGAGAAGAAGUACAAGGAAUCCGAUGAGGCUGGUGAAGAGCCCGACGACAAGUCGUGCGGCAUCCAUUCUCUGCGGACUGCGACUUCAAGAGAGCCAGGGGAAUCUAAACUGAUGGUGUGCAAACCCUACUCUGGUCACAGUGUGUCCAUGAUCCAAGAAUGCUCUGAGUCGGCUUUGACAUUUUCCCGCGAUCUCUGGUCGCGUCCCUUUGACACGAUAAAGAAGCUAUUUAAUUCCGCGCCCCCGGCAAGAGCAGAAGAUGAAGAGCAUAUAGAGACUGUCUCCCACGAACCCGGCCACCCCCCUCUCCCUCCCCAAGCAGAGCCGGCCCUCAGUGGUCCACCGAAUCUUCAGCUAAAUCUUUCAUCUGAUCACUUCGAUCAAAAUACGCUGAAAAAGCGGCACGAGCUCAUUCUGGCGGCCAUCGCCGCUGUCCUUCUCCAAACCGGCCUGAUUGUCAUUGCGGCUACGAUAACCUAUCGCCUGAACACUGGAUCCUCCAGCCUCUUCGAGACCAAAGUUUACGGUUUUCCUUGUUAUGCUGCUGGUUCUCUUUUGCUCUCGAUUGGUACGGGACUUUGUUCAUUCAUCGUCGAACACAGUACUAUCGAACACUCCUGGGAGGCAGUGAACAGUGCGGGAGCGAAGCCGGAUGGAGAGGAAGCGAAGCCGGAGGACAUUGCACCUCGACUAGUAUGGAUCCAACGAUACCAGACAGUGAAUGACCAAUCUUUCAAAGGUUACAUCAUACUGGCUGGCCCGAAGCGUCGGUUCAUUACGUCGAGGCGGGAUGACGACAUGGAGAAGCAUCAUCUCAGCGACGAUUCGGCCUCUGGAGGCUCACACUCAAGUCGGGAUGGGAAAAAUGAAGGGUUUUGGCAGUGGCUCACUGUUGGCGCUGCUCUUGCGGCAGGCCUUGGGUUUAUAGCUCAGUUCAUGGGUCUCCGUGGACUUGCAUUCCCGUGCUCUAUUGCUCAGCUCGGCGCCAUCUUCAUCAUGGCGCUCAUUCGAGCUAGCAUCCGAAGACGCCUAGGCAAGGUCCCGACACAUUGUCCUACGCUUGAAGGAUACGAGCUCGACUUUUUGGCGACACAGCUUGUAUUCUAUCCAGAGCUUCGGACUUCUCAUCAGCAUAAAAAGGGAGAGGAGAACUAUGGGGGAGACAAGUUACCGAGUGACUUCUGCAGAUGGAAAGUCAGGACUGCGGAUCCAAAGCAACGGAAUGCCUUUUUUGUUCAAUCAGCGCCUACCAGUCAAGCGACCACAUCCGAGCUAGAAGAACAAAACUCCAAUGCCACUUCUGAGUCAGCACGACAAAGUUCUGGUACUGCAUCCCCAAAGAGUAGAACUGGCCUAGAUUUCGAAACAUCAUCGAGCCAACAACUCAUCCGUGUGCGGGAGAGACUAAGCGACUUAUGCCACUUCACAUCCAAGUCCACAGAGAGCGCUCUAUCCUUAUCACAGUCCAUUGAGCUUUUCAUGAACAGCUUUUCGCCGCGCUCUAAGGACAAGGUGAAGAUUCCAGUGGUACGAAGGAACUCAGAUGGCAAGUGGGAAGUGGAUGUUGCCAAGAUCGAUGCGAUACUCUCUCUUUGGAUGGCCAGCAUCGAGGCCAAGACGGCCAAAGAUGCAAAGGAUGCACAAAAGCGUAGGGACGCUCGACGGGGUUUAGGAAAAGGCAGAUCAGCCACAGAUCUGGCACAGGAUUCUGGUGACCCAUCGCCUGAUUGGAGGCGUAUCAAGGUUGGUGACGACUCAAGACGCACCUUUGGCCGUAUCAUCGGGGAUAACUUGAAUGAUGAGGUACUCAAGCGGGAUAUCUCUUGGUGGGUCGACAGCAUUGUCGCUGAGCAGAGUGAUAGUGUGGUGGAAGAUGACAAUAACAGUAGCGAUGGUGACAGCGAUGUCGAGGGCAAUGGGCGGCUUUGGAGCAGAGCAAGGAGCAGUGAUGUUGAUCUUGUGAUUGGUUUCAACGCCAACAAGCCGCACGAUGGCCCCGCAUGGGAGCUUGGUAUUACCUCGAAUGAUUGCCUCCACACGAUUUUGGCGCAGCACCUUUUCACCAGUUUCAUGUGGACUGUGGUCGAACUCCUACCGAGGAACUGCCUCAACCCUGGCAUUGAUGAAAUCCAACAAGAGGUAGAGAUGGAGGGCCCCAAGGAGUUCAACGCAUACGAUUCCAGUUUUGCCCAGGACUGGCUCCGAAUCAAGCUUCGCCACCGUCAACUCACCAAAGUCGUCCGGAAGAUGGAAUCCUACGGCCUAGGAAGCACUACCGACAUCCUCCUUUGCAUGAUACCAGCACUGAGUUCCAGGAACCUUUUGCCGAAUCAGGCAAUUCUCAAGCUCAUGCCCCGUGUUAGCUCCGGCCGGGGAUGGGUAGAAACAGCCAUCUGCCACAAGAAGCUCCUUAAAACGAUCAAGACAGACAAGGUAAGCGAGGAAGACCAAUUCAGCGUUGCCAUUGUUGUGGCCUCAAUGGACUUCCUUUCCUUCGCUUAUGAGCCGUACGAUGAACAGACGAAACCUCCACAGGAUCUGGACAGUGAGCUCAAGACCAUUGCGCAAGAACUUCUCUCGCCCAAGUUCAUCACCAUCUUGGAAAAGCUUGCGCCUGUUUACCGCCGCCAGUACCGCCACAGAUUACUCUACGACGUUCUUCAAUAUCCAGCAGGCCCGGUUCGUCGCCUAGAUAAAGAUUUUGCCAAGAACGUGCUGGGGUUCACGCAGCACCACCUUGCGAUGGUUCAAACUAGGUUGAAGCGCACUGCCUAUUUAAGCGCAUUGAAAAUCAUAAGAGAUGAAAAGGGCGCAAAAGCCCGCGACAUCUUUGGAUGGACUCCGUACCACUACGGCUGUAUUAGGAAUGAUGAUGAGCUUGGCAAUGUAACCUUUUACUGGAUUUCUAGGGAAGAAGUUGAGCGGUUGCUCAGCAUGCUUGACAAUUUAGGACGGAACCCAAUCCAAAUCGCUGCCAUGGUAGGAAAGGACGACAUCCUUUCGGUCACAUUCCUCAAGCUGAGCAAAGAGGGUCGCAAGAGGGCCAUUCAAGCAAGUGGCAUCUAUGGCAUGACGCUUCUUCACUUGAUUGCAAGAAGCGGGAGCCUCGCUUGCCUUGAAUCAAUGUCCACAGCUGAAGCAAAGGCCCUUCUCUCGAAGAAAGACAUUUGGAGUCGCCAAGCACUUCACGUCGCUUCCAAGUUUGGGCACGAAGAGAUUACUAUCAAACUCUUGGAAAUGGGAUCGCGUUCUGAUGAGCUCGAUGAUACUGGCAAAUGCCCUAUCGACUAUUUCGUGCAAGGGUGGAAAGAGAAGGGCCUGGAAAGCACCAUCCAAGAGCAGCACAGCAACAAUUCAGAGGUCAAUGAUUCUCCUGGCAAUGAGCUCUCCAAGAAUAUAAGCAAGGAAAGCUUCGACCUGUUUCUGAAAUUUGCCAUGGAGCCUCACUGUCGAUACAGCAACGGAAAAUCCUUCCUUCACUUCGCAGUCGAGGUCGCAGGCGACGACAACAUUCGCACAUUGGUAUGUGAGAAAGGGUUCGACGUCGAGGCCCGGGACAAUGAUGGACGAACGCCUUUGCAUUACGCGAUUCUCAGCCGCUGUCCCAGCGUGGUUAGCACCCUCAUCAAAGACUUGCAAGCGAAGCCAUCCGUGAAGGACUCUCGCAACACUACAGCGCUCAUGUUCGCUGUCCAGAAAAACUACAUCGAUGUCGCCCGAGCACUAUUAGAUGCGUCCGAUCACAGCUCUGUCAAUGAGGUUGAUGAUGACAAGAAGGCUGCGAUUCAUUAUGUCCGUAGCCGAGAUAUGGCCGACUUUUUGAUCACGAACAAAUGCAACUUGCUGGCAACAGAUUCGCGUGGCAGGACUGCACUGCACACGGCCAUUGAGCGAAAAGACAAUGUCGCACUAUAUCUUUUAGGACUCGAAGAUCCACGCCAGGUGCAAACAGAACCAUUCGACGACAACAAAGAAUCACUACUCGUCACGGCAUGCAGAUGUGGUUUUUCUGAAAUCGUUCCGGGAAUCCUUGAGCUAUGGCCCAACAUCAUCAACAAUGAAGACGAGAAGGACCGUCUGCCACCUAUCUCAUGGGCUUGUGUGGGUGGGCAUAGCGACGUUGUCGCAAAGCUGCUACAACACGAAGGCAGUGAACGUGUUGACGUGAACAAGGCUGGAAGGUGGAUCAAUCGUACCCCACUACACUUCGCUGCCAGAUUGGAAGAUUCCAAAUGCUUGGCUCUCCUGCUUGAGCAAUCAUCUACCAAACUUCAUCAAGAAGGUGGCACAGGGGAAACGCGAGCACUGAGACUAGCUGUGGGGCGCAAACGCAAAGAUGCCGCCCGAAUGCUACUCCAGGAUCAUCGAACCACCCCCAAAGAACGACUCCGCUACAUUAAAGAGUUUACCUCUUCAUCAUCUGGUGUAUUCCAAAGCAUCAUUGGGGAUAUACUUGAGACGUUUGCGGACACGUCUUUGAUUUUUGAAUACUUUCUAUGGCUUUUCGGUCAUACAGCUGCUCCAGGCGCGCAAGAGUCAAUCAACAAAUUCGUGGUAGAUCUAAAACGAGGUGGUUGGAAGAAGUUGAAGACUCCUUAUCAUGUAGCGAUCUUGCUUGGUGAUGCCGAGUUCGUGCAGAUUCUGAAGGAGCAGAACGCACCUCAAGGGGGGCUAGACGAAGACAACUGGUCUUUGGUCGACUACGCCAAACGCUUCGAUCUUGAUGGAACUUUGACAAGCCUUGUCGGCAACUUACAGCCUUUGGACACCACCAUGGAACACAAGCAUAAGGAGCCGACAGCCCUGAUCUGGAAUUCUUCUAGAGCGAUUGUCAAAGUCACUUCCUGCACCACCGAGGGUCAUGACCAUUGCUUGAAAGUACAAGAUGUCGAGGUUAUUGAGGAGCGGGGCAAUGUCAGAAGCCUGCGCAGCGAUCACAGCAUCCCUCCAUCUAACAAAUACUUUUAUUUUGAGGUGGAGGUCCUUCGAGAUUCAGGGCGCCGAAUUUUUGGGAUCGGCUUCUGCCGCUUGAAUGACAGCGAUGAUCAAAUGCCAGGCUGGUUCAAGGGGUCAUGGGGAUACCAUGGCGACGAUGGGAAGCUCUUCAUCGAAUCAGGUACUGGGGCCACUCUGAGCUCAGACUUUGGAGAUUCUGGCAAAUUCAAGUCCGGUGAUGUUGUGGGUGUCUGCUUGAACGUAAAUACAGGACAAGGGUUCUGUACGCGCAAUGGCAAGAAGUUGAACAUGGGAAAUGCUUUCGAGGGACAUGAGGAGAGGUUUAAGUAUGGUAAAAUGUAUCCCUGCAUUGGAUUUAGAAAUGGAUGGGAUGGCAGGGGGCUUUGCGUCAGGGUUAACUUCGAGGGAUUGGGUAAUCAUCCCUUUGUGUAUAAAGGGCCUUUUGACUUUUAG